CAUGUAUAUAGAUAUAUAUAUACAGUGAAGACAUAUCGACAUCAACUAAAUAGUGGAUUAGUUUAACGGCAUCAAAAAAUGGCGGCCAGUGAUUUUGAAGCUCGAAUGUCAGGUUAUUUAAACGGAGCUGCAGCAUGUUUAGCUUUAUCUAUUGGACGAGAAACUGGUUUAUUAAAAGUUUUUACGGAGCCACAUGAACCAAUGACAAUUUCACAGAUAGCUUCUAAAACUAAUCUUAAAGAACGGUAUAUAAAAGAGUUAUUGGGUUGCCUAGUAACAUCAAGUAUUAUAGAAGUUGAUGAAGCAUCAGUUAAAUAUUUUGUACCAGAUGAAAUAAGAUCGACCCUGGAUUCAAAUCUGAAUUCUAUUGAGUUAUUUGACUAUGGUUUAGCACGUAAAGAGGACCUGAAAUCUUGUAUGGCGAUUGAUGGACCAAAUGGAUUUGCCGGACAGACCAGACCUGGAUACGGAGAACUACUUAAGAAAUUCCGAUGUAUAAAUAUGGAUAAUCUGAUCGAAGAAGAAUUCUUUAAACACACGCCUGAUAUAAAAACAAAAUUAGAGAGUGGAAUAGAUUUUGUGGAGUUUGGUUGUGGAUUGGGUCCAGUAAUUAUAGAACUAGCCAGUAGAUAUCCUAACAGUAGAUUUAUAGCAAGUGAUUACUCACCGGAAGCCAUGGCGACCGUCGCUAAAACUAUUGAAGACAAGGGGUUGAAGAACAUCAAGGCCCAGCAAGCUGACCUUUAUCAACUCCCGGACGAAUGGGUGGGGAAGUUUGAUGUGAUUUAUAUCCGCGAUACGCUACAUGAUCUAGGACAGCCUCUAAAAGGUGCCACGGAGAUGGUGAAAGUGCUGAAACAGGGCGGCGUGAUCGUAAUAAUAGAAAUAGUCCUCAAGGGAGAUAACCACCGUGAAAAUAAAGAAGACCCCAGUGCACCACUACUCUUUAUAUUGAGUGCCUCGGUUUGUGUUCCUGAAAGUUUGUGCCAGGAAGGGGGUAUCGGACUGGGUUGCACUUCAGGGUUGAAGUCGCUGAAAAACAUAAUUUAUCAAUCAGGAAUCCCAGCUGCCAAUAUAGAGACACACGAACUUGCCUCGUUUUCUUGUAAAUUCGUCUGUCGCAAAUAGACAGAUGAACAUCUGGAUACAGACCACCCAUGAAUGUAGCUUCUUUUAUUUAUAGUUUCUUCCCCUUCUGCAAGGCGGAUGUGUUUGAUUUUUUGCUGCAUGAAAUUGAAUUUACAUUUUCGGCCAAGCUUUGGUGAAUAUUCAUGAUUUUCGGGCGGAUGGAUAACAGAGUUAAGAGGUUGCUUACCUUGGUAUGCGCGGCUUCACAAAGAAUGGACUGGCUUGUACGCAACACAAAAGAUACCGAAAAGAACGCAGUAUUAUUGUUAUUUUAUUAUCUAUGGAACAUGGAUGACCAUGUACAGUGGACACCCAUGUAAACAUUAAAACUGUGUUAAAUUUAUUGACCAGCUUAUACGUUAAAGGUAGCAGCAUUUAUUUAUCUAAAGCAAAGUCCUGUCUUUUAUAUUUCAUUUUUUAUUUCAUAUUGAAAUAUUAUCUAAAAUUUCACAACGAUGUACGCAAAUCAUCUCGACUUUAAUUACCACAUUAGGAUACUGUAUGUGACGUUAUCAUUUCGACUUUAAUUAGCACAUUAGGAUACUGUUUUUCACGUUUAUUGUGUUUAAAAUAAAAGUACUUUAAAUUUU